CGGUGCUCCAGCCUGGGCAACCCCUCUCAAAAAAAAAAUUAAAUACAAGAGCAAAAGUCAACUAAAAUUAGGAGACAAUGUGUUUUAGACCAAUGGGGAGUAGAGGGGCUGGCAGAAAAGCCACGUGGACCAGCAUUUUUUUUUCUCCACAUAGCUGCCCGCCUGGAGAGGCUGUGAGUACAGUGGUAACACUGAGACCAAUUAAAUUAGCAGUAUAGACUGGAGUUUGGGGCUGAUGAGAUCAAGGGGAUGCAGAAAUCACUGCGUUAAACACUGAGUGUCCCUAAAAGAUACUCUCAGGGCAGAGACGGCAAUUGGAAACAGAUGCCUCAAAACUGCAUUCUAUUAGUCCCAAAGGCAGCUUGGUGAAAGUAAGAAUGACUCAGCAUCAUCUCACAUCACUCCCAGGGAAAAAAUGCCCUGAAGCUUGUAUCUCACUGAUAGUUGUUAUAGUUUUGAUGUGACUGUACAUGAUAACCAUCUUGGUUUGUUGGCUUCUUUGAAUUACAGGUCAAACUGCCAUGACAUUUGGUGUAAGAAUAUUAGACUAUGUCAUCAAUUUGUGCAAAGGCAAAUUUGACUUCCUUGAACGGCUCUCAGACGAUUUGCUCCUGAAUAUCAUUUCUUAUCUGGAUCUGGAAGAUAUUGCCAGGCUUUCUCAAACAUCACACAGAUUUGCAAAGCUGUGCAUGUCUGAUAAACUGUGGGAACAGAUAGUCCAGUCGACUUGUGACACCAUCACUCCCGACAUGAGGGCCCUGGCAGCGGAUGUGGGCUGGAGGAAGGUGUUUUUCACCAACAAGCUCCAGCUCCAGCGGCAGCUCCGCAGGAGGAAACAAAAGCACGGAAGCCUGAGAGACAAGCAACCUUAGACGCACAUUUUCCCACCAGCAGGGGAGCUGAGGCACGGCUCUGUUUCUCUUCGGUGUCCAAAUCUCUUCUGUCUCCUUUUCUUAAGAACUAAGGUUUUGCUGAUGCAUGGAGCAAUUUAAAAGCAUAGAGGAUUUGCACACAAAUGCAGCAGAACCUGGCUGCUCAGUGCCUUGCUGGAGUCACCAUCCCUGUCCUUCUGGGGUCAGAUCAUGGCCUGAGGACAAGGGCUGCAAGACGUGGAACCCUAUAGGCCACCAUCUUCCUUAUCCCAACCCCCACGAGAAAAGAGGCUUCUGUUGUAUGUAAACAAAUAAUAAAUGAUUAUUAGCAGGUUUUUA